AUGACAGUUGAAGACUUCUUCACGUUCGACGAGCAUGAAUAUGCUCGUCGUAUUUCUGAUCUUCAGGCAUACCCGAACGAACGCCUUAUCAAGCAGGAGGUUGUAAAACUCCGACAAAAGUUUGCUAGUUCCUGGUCCAUCGGGGCCGGGAUAGGAGCUUCUCCCGUCACAUUCGGCGGCUCUUUAGCCGUCAGCAUCGUAGCCUUGCGAAGAAGGCACGUCGCCUCGAAAAAGAAUGCUCUCAUCAUUGCGGAGCUUGCAAAGCGAGGAAUUGAGCCACAAAAACUUCAGAAGCGUGAUUUCAUGAUACCCAUGGUCGCUGGUAUUGUCGGCAUGGGCGUCGGGUGCGGUAUCGAACAUAUCGCCAUGAACGCAACAAAUGCGCCAAAGGAAACUUCUCCCAUUCAACAAGUCGUCGAGGAUCCACUAUAUGUGCCUUACGUCGUCGAUGACGGGAUGGCUGAACAAGCCAAGGAGAUUGCAGUUCAAGCUAGGGCGCAGGGUGUAAUUCCUGAGUCAGACAUCUCUGGCGCAGUUCUUCAAGAUCACACGAAUUGGUCGCCCGUAUCCCCUACCGACACAGUUAGGUAUGAUGAGGGCAUGUUGGCGUUGCAGCUCACUGAGAAGGCACUUGUCGCCUUUGCUGCAGACAAAUGCGCUUGGUGGACGACUGAGGCCAUGGCCGGCUUGUACAAUAAGGAUCACAAUCUCAAGUGCCCUCGCAUCCUUGAAGGAGUCGUGGAGUGCAUUGAAUGCAGUCAAGUUUUGACAGCUGGUACUUAUUGGCCGCAGAUUGCUGCAACUGUGAUGACCACCAGUACGAUGUCUGCAGAGACUGCUAUUCUGCAGGAGCUCGUUGUGCCCCGAGCCACGAGCUCACUUUGA